AUGAAGUAAACAGCAGGACAACUUUGGACAAGUUAGUUAUACACAAACUCUUUCUGGUAAAAUUAGCUGCCACAGCUUCUAGUCACGGGUUUUGUGAGUCUCGGAGCUGGUUCAGGAUCAUGGAGGAACUAGCCCGGGAGAGCAUCAGCCUGCUGGCUCGUUCUGCAUCCCAUGCGGAUCCUCCGAGACUCGGCUCUUUCGGCGCCGUGUUCAUCAUGCUCAAAUCUGCGCUGGGAGCCGGGCUGCUCAACUUCCCCUGGGCUUUCCAGAAGGCGGGGGGAGUGACCACUGCCGUCGCUGUGGAGAUGGUAUCCCUGGUGUUCCUCAUCAGUGGUCUGGUGAUCCUGGGCUAUGCAUCAUCUGUCAGCCGGCAGAAAACCUAUCAGGAUGUCGUGAGAGAGGUGUGUGGACAAGCUGUGGGUCAACUCUGCGAGGUCUGUUUCUGCUUCAACCUCUUCAUGAUAUGUGUUGCCUUCCUGGUGGUGGUGCAGGACCAGCUGGAGAAAUUGUGUAUUUCUUUAUACGAGACUGUGACCGGUUCCAGUGAGGGGGAAAUGCCGUAUCACUGGUACACUGACCAACGGUUUGCCCUCUUCAUCAUGUGCCUCAUCAUCAUCCUACCACUGUCGAUCCCUAAAGAAAUCGGUAUCCAGAAAUACACAAGUGUGUUGGGGACGCUGGCUGCUACGUAUCUGUGUGUGGCAGUGAUUGUCAAAUAUUACCUGAUGGACAGCCACACUGUCAUAAUAACUCCGGAGCACAGCCAAGGUGUAAGUUCUUGGGCAUCGAUGUUCAGUGUUGUGCCAACCAUCUGCUUUGGCUUCCAGUGCCAUGAAGCCUGUAUAGCGAUCUAUAGUAGCAUGGAGAACCAGAAGCUCUCCCACUGGGUGGUCAUCUCUGUGGUCUCCAUGUUCUUCUGUUUGCUCAUCUACACUCUAACUGGUGUGUUUGGCUUCAUGACGUUUGGACGAGCGGUCGCCUCAGAUAUUUUGAUGUCAUAUCCAGGAAAUGACGUGGUCAUGAUCAUUUCCAGACUACUAUUUGGGAUAUCAAUUAUCACCAUCUAUCCCAUCAUCCUUCUCCUGGGGAGAUCGGUCAUCCUGAAUCUGAUGUUAAGAAUUCAAAGGCGUCGCUGGGGAAUUGUCACUCCCUCGUUUGAGAGUCGCUGCAGAGUCGUCCUCACUGUGAUCUGGAUCACCAUCACUCUUCUCAUUGCCAUGUUUGUUCCCGACAUGGGCGAGGUCAUCAGUGUCAUUGGAGGAAUCAGUGCCUUCUUCAUCUUUAUCUUUCCUGGUCUUUGCUUAGUGUUCACAAUGCAAACGGAAACGGUGACUCCAAGAAUCAGAGUGAUCUUAACAGUUUGGGGAGUCAUAACCGUUGUGGUUGGAGCCUUCAUCUUUGGACAGAGUACAACCAUCGCUAUCAUGGAGCUUUGCGAAAAAUUCUGAAUUUCACCACCAUUGUUUCCACCAUCUUCACUGUGACGCUCAUCUCUUUUUGCACAGCUGAAUGCUGCAUGUGUAAAAGUGUUUUUUGCUUAUACAUGUGACCCCAGAGUGAUGCAGGGAUGAUGUUUUUCAUCAGCCCAAUCCAGAAGUUAAAAUCAUCAGAAAUAAAAAAGCUAAUGUUUGGCUGUAAAUUAACUACACAAUUCCAUGAGUUCAGCAUCACCCCUUACUAAGCUUCCAAAAACUUUAAACUCUAUAUUUGAUUUGGUGUGAUUAUCUUGUAACAGUUUGGAAGAGUGUGACUAUAAACACAGUGUGGCUGUAAAAGUGGACUAGUGAGUAGAUUGGUUUUCAUGUUGAGCAUGAUGACAUUUAAUAUUCACAACAACCUCUCACUUGUUUGGGGUUUCACACUAGCAGCAAUCUAUUGAGGUCACCCAUGGGCCUUGACAUGGAAUAUUUACUGUGCGAGACUGUAUUCUGGCUAUUCUCAUUGAAGUGACGUAUGAAAUGUAUUUGAACAGAUAUUCUUUGUUCACAGUUCUAUCUAGUCACUUAAAAAACUGUCAAACAUAUUCAAUUCAUUUUUAAGUGUCUAUAGUAAUUUGUAUUUGUUUGGAAAUGUAAAUUUUGUUGCAUUAUUUUGUUUGCUUUUCCAAUAAUAUACAUACAAUACAACGCUUGUUUAAGUCUUCAUUUUUACUUGCAAAGCACUGCCAGGUGGCAGUAUUGCACCACUGAGGAUUUAUUUAUUUAUUUAUUUAUGUAUUAUGUACAUAGUUAUGUGUGGAACUGCAUAUUGGCAAAAAGGAUAAGAGAAAAAAACCUGCUAUUAUCAUGGGUGUUAUGGUCCAAGCAAUCAUUUUGUAAUGACAAUGCCACAUCUAAGUGAACUAAU